AUGAAGCUGCUUAGCGCAGAAGGCAAAGGUCUGCACGGAGCCGGGUGUGGGCACGGGCAGCCGCCGGCAGCAUCCCCGCGGAGCCRGCCGCAGGCGCCCGGCAGGAUGGCAUGGCGCGCACUGGUGCUCUUCCCCUUCCUCCUGCCCGCGGUCGCAGGCAACACGGCGCCCUACUUCAACAUGAGCAUCGUGUACGUGCCCGAGGACCUGGAGAUCGGCCAGGAGGCUUUCCAGCUGCRGGCUUUUGACGUGGACGGGGACCCGCUCACCUACGGCAUCAGCGGGCCGGAGUCCUUCUACUUCAACGUCGAAGCGGACACGGGCCGAGUGUUUCUCAAGAACCUCCUGGACCGCGAGUCCCAGGCCAGGCUCACRCUCACCAUCACCGUGUCCGACGGGCAGAACGACCCAGUCUCCAAAAAGCUCGCUGUCAUCGUGGAGGACCGGAAUGACAACGCCCCUGUCUUCCACAACCUGCCGUAUGAAACCACUGUCCCCGAGAAUGUGACGCCUGGCAGCAUCAUCUACGCUGUGUUUGCCAACGACAGUGACACCGGGAAUGCCUCCAAGGUCAGCUACAACAUCGAGGAGGUGAUCCCCGACAACGCCAAGAAUCAUUGGCUCUUCUACGUCCUGCCCAACGGCAGCGUUGUGCUCAACGGCUCGCUGGACUAUGCCCUGAGCACCUUCUACCAGAUCAAGAUCGUUGCCAAGGACGGCGGGGGGCUGCUGCACGGGGCGCUCACCUUCCAGCAGAGCGUCACCUACUUGUCUGUGACCGUCCGCGACCUGCCCAACCUCGAGCCGCGCUUCCUCAACGAGCCCUACGCGGGCUCCGUGCCAGAGAACUGCCCUCUGGGCACCACCGUGCUGACCGUCACUGCCAUCGACAGGGACACGGGGGUGAACGAUGACAUCUUGUACAGCAUCACCAAUUCCAAUGUUCCUUUUGCUAUCAAUGACACGACGGGCAGCAUCACUGUGACUGGCUUCCUGGACCGGGAACAACUGCCAGAUGAAGUGCUGCAGCUGGAAGUCGUGGCACGGGAGAAGAACCUGGACAUCUACGGCAAAGUGGCCAACAUCAGCACCGAGGUGACAGUCACGGUGACCGAUGUGAAUGACAACAAGCCCCAUUUCUACCUCUGUUCCCUCUCCAGCUGCAACUUCUCUGCUGAUGCCCAGAACACCUUCACGGGCAGCAUUGUGGAGCACUCCUCCUCGAACCUGGCUGUGUCCGRCCUCGACAUCGUUGCACAUGACGCUGACGAGGGCAUCAACAGCAGUUUUGAGCUGUAUCUGCAAGGUGCAAAUGCCAGCGCCUUCUCUGUGUCCCCCAYGAAGAUUGUGGGCACAGGGGAAGUCCAGAUCCUGGUGAAAGACUCGCUGUCUGUGGACUACGAAAUAAGCCAUGUCAUGGUGGUGCAGAUUGUUGCUAAUGACACAGGCAACCCCACCGACUGCUGCUCCACAGCUACUGUGACCAUCAACCUCAUUGACAGCAAUGACCACAUCCCCGAGUUCCCCCAGAGCGUCUACUACCUGAACGUGACGGAGAACAGCGCCGAUGGCACCGUCAUCUCCCCAGGCAUCACGGCCUAUGAUCCGGAUAGUGGUAUCCUGGGCCAGAUCACCUACCAGCUCCUCCCGGAGAGCAUCCGGGAAGUCUUCGCUGUGAACGCCACGACCGGCGCUGUGCUGGUGCRCAACGGGAGCUGGCUGGACCGCGAGACUCGCUCCUUCUAUUACGCCAACCUGCAGGCCAAGGACGGGGGAAACCUGACAGGCUCCACGCUGCUGGAGAUCACCGUGCUGGAUGCCAACGACAACGCUCCCAUCAUCACUGGCUCCUAUUUCAUCUCUGUGAAUGAGGGGCAGAAUGUCAGCGUGCAGAUCCUGGCCGUGGACAAUGAUGAGCCCAACACCCCCAACAGUGAGUUGCGCUACAAGAUCUUGCCAGGGCCAUUCAGUGACAACUUCACCAUUGAAGCGGUCGAGGGGUUGAUGCAGAACAAGGGGCCGCUGGACCGCGAGGCUUUGGAUGAUGAUCGUGGGCAGAUGGUGGUGACGGUGGAGGUGUACGACCUGGGCACRCCACAGCAAAGUUCCUACGUCAACGUCACCAUCACUGUGGGGGACGUGAAUGACAAUGUGCCUGUGUUCCUCAACCAAUCCUAUGAGUUCUCGGUCUCGGAAGGAUCUGCAGGGUCCUUYGUGGGCAAUGUGGAAGCCACAGAUGCUGACCGGACGGACAUCAAUUCCCGCAUUUCCUUCCUGCUGCAAAGUGGCAGCGGCUCCAGCAACUUCCUAAUCCGCUCAUCCCGCCUGGGGCCAGGGCACUACAGCGGUCGGCUGCUCCUGGACCCUGAYGUGUCCCUGGACUAUGACACCUUGCAGCAGAAGUUCUUCUCCCUGGUGGUGCUGGCAGAGAACACAGCGGCGGACAGUGUGGGGGACACCGCUAAUGCCUCAGUGGUGGUCAAUGUCCUUGACGUCAAUGAUGAGCCCCCCACCAUCCUGCCCGCCUCUCUGCAAGACGUGAGCGUGAGCGAGAACAGCACCCAGGAGGGCCUCGUCUGCACCGUGGUGGCCUCUGACCCGGACACCAACCACUUGCUGGUCUUUGAAGAGCUGGAAGUCUCCUGCUUCAAGGGGACGAGCAGUGUUGGGGACGUGUGCUGGGACUGGUUUGUGCUGGCACCCAAUGGCUCGGUGGUGGUAAACAGCUCGGACAUCGACUACGAGCUGUGUGACGUGGUGGUGCUCACGCUGCGGGUUGAAGACGUCAACACCGAGAAGGGCAACCGCUACAGCCGGAACGAAAGCCUGAGGAUCCUCAUCACUGAUGUGAAUGACAACGCGCCGGUUUUCCUGCCCUCCUCCGAGAUAUUUGUGGUUGUCCCUGACGUCUCUCCUGUGGACCUACAAGUGGCUGUGGUGAAGGCCAAGGACGCYGACUCAGGCCCCAGAGGAACUAUCUCCUUCUCCAUCGUCAGCGUGGUGUUCGUGCAGGACAACGGCAACAGCCAGACCUUCGAGAACCUCUUCAAGGUGGUGACCACAGCCGAGCAGGACACCUACGUCGGGAGCAUCCAGGUGGCCAGCAACCUCGAUAGGUCGCUGAAGGGGCGGUACAAGGUGACGGUGGAGGCCAAGGACGGCGAGGCACCGGUGCACACGACGCAGACGGUGCUGGACAUCUUCACGGUGGAUAACAGCUACCUAGUUCGCCUGCAGUUCGUGACCCCGGUGGAUGAAGUGCAGAGUAACCUGGACAAUAUCAAACUGGUGCUGACCAUGGCCACCAAGGCACGGGUCUACGUGGUGUCCAUCCAGAGCCAGGACGAUGCCCGCGCCUCCCGUGCCGCCCGGGCUGAAGUCAGGUCUGUGCUGGAGGUGUAUUUUGUGUACAGCAACGGCACCGCACUGGACGUCAACCAGCUGAGCAUGCUCAUACAGAGCGACCCGCAUGUCCUGACGCAGCUGGUGAACCUCGGCCUGGCUGUCAUUGGCCCUGGCGAGGUGACGAAGCCUGACAAAGAGAAGGAGCUGAUUGGUGUCAUCGCAGGGCUGGCAGCCUUCUUGCUCCUCUUCAUCCUCAUCAUGAUUCUAGCCUUGGCUCUCACCACCAGGAGCUUCAAGAGGAAGCUGAACGCGAUGAAGGCUCUGAAGGCGGCCACGACGCUCACGCCUGCCAUGGUGCAGCAGGGCCCCGGCAUCCCCGGGACCAACCAGUACAACACCGAGGGGGCAAAUCCCGUGCUCAACCUCUCCUUCAAUCCCUCCCAUGAUUUGGGCUUCCACGAAGACUCCUGCUCUGUGGCCAGCAUGAAUUCACUGGAUGAAAACACAGUAGAUGUACCUGGGGACAGUAUCCCCAAGGCCAAGGGCAAAGCGUGGCCCGUGGACACGGCCAGUGACGAGGCGCUGGUGGCUGCCCUGCACCUGAAGGAGCCCAGCAAAGUGGCGUUCAUCAACAACGCCUUCACCACCACGGACCUGUGA